AUGACGGAGGUUGCUAGCGUGCCCGCAUUGGGCGGCCGGGAUUACUUUUUUGCGCCAAAGGGACGUGUUUUUCCGAACCAUGGAUUCACUUCGAGAUCCAUCGUUUAUAAGCGUUUUGCCGAGAACACUACCCCGUUGGCGUUGAGUGUCGGCCUUGUACUACCGACGAUGGUCGAUAUUCAGAUGAAGUUGGAUGAAUGUGUGGCAGAAGGGGUGGAUAUGCCCCUCUCGAAGGUGUUGGGUAUUAUGAAAGAGGCAGGAAAGGUGAAAUUUCUUAUCUUUGCGGACGCUGUUUCCCGUGUGGCGGUUCAGACCGGGUUUGCAUGUCUAUUAAUUCACUCCAACACGGCGUAUGGCAACUCGGUGGUGUUUUUGUGGGAUAUGUACCCGAAGAUGCAUCAAAUUCACGUGGCGGAUUUGGUGAAAUUUCUUCGCCUUCCCCCUUUUUUCUCCAGACUUUUUGGCCCGCUUCCAACGCAAUCGGAGUUGAGAGUAUACAACAUGCCCAUUUCUCCACUAGCCGCUGCCGAGGACUGCAUGAAACGUAGCACACUUCAACUACUGAGUGAUGUGGUUGUGGAUGCGGUUGAGUGUUGUGUGAUGCGGAAAUUGGCCCGCGGCUCAAGCAAAGGAUCCGGUGGUUUUUUGAAAAGAUCUGCCGUGCAUGUGACGCUGGGAGUGUUAAAAGUUUGUGGAUCGGCUGUGGGACGCGCGGUGGCUGGUGCACGUGGCGAAUAUUGGGGCGAGAUUGUGGGCAUUGCUGUGGCACCAGUGGCAUUUGCGCAGUUCUCUGUCGUCAUGCACGUGACUCGUCGACGCCACUCACGUGGCGUUAAACCAUCGGAGCGCACACGCAGCAGUAGCGGUGGUAGAAGCAAGGAGAGCGGUGCGCAGAGAGGGAACGGGCGUCGGACACCGUUGGAGAAGAAGGCGUAG